AUUGCAGCGCCCCUUGGCGGUCUUAUAAGAAACGUCAGAGUUGGAAAGAAAAUCUUCAUAAAAAUUCACGUGUGAUUUUUUGGGGGAUUUUUGUAGUGAAUUAAAGUAGUGAUUGCGUGAAAAUCUGCAAAAAUGAAGAUCCGAUUUAACACCUAUGACAUCGUGUGCAUUGUCACGGAGCUGCAAAAGCUCAUUGGGAUGCGUGUUAAUCAGAUUUAUGAUAUUGACAACAAGACUUACCUUCUGCGGCUGCAGCGGACGGAGGAGAAGGUUGUACUGCUGAUGGAGUCCGGAAACAGGUUGCACACAACGGCGUUUGAAUGGCCCAAAAACGUGGCACCAUCGGGGUUCACAAUGAAGCUCCGGAAGCACUUGAAGAAUAAACGCCUCGAAAGCCUGAAGCAGGUGGGAAAUGACAGAAUUGUUGAUCUCCAGUUUGGAACCGGAGAGGCUGCUUACCACAUAAUCCUGGAGCUGUACGAUCGUGGAAAUAUCCUGCUGUGUGACUACGAGAUGACCAUCCUCAAUGUCCUACGACCUCAUGCAGAGGGUGAGGAAGUUCGAUUCGUCGUCCGGGAGAAGUAUCCACUGCAGAGGGCAAAGCAGAACACGGAAGUUAGUGAGGAAGUUGUCCGGGAGGCAAUUGAGAAUGCCCAACAAGGGGCAGCUCUUCGUACAAUUCUCAAUCCAAUUCUCAACUGUGGUCCAUCUGUGAUUGAUCAUGUUCUCCUGAAGAGAGAUCUCUUAGCUUGCAAGGUUGAGGGUAAGAAGACAGAGGAGGAAGCCCAGCCAAUCGACGGGGGAGGGAAGAAGCGCAAACAGAAGAACAAAGAGAGCACAAAGUACGGAAGCAGGGAUUUUUCCUUUGAGAAAGACUUUCCGGCACUAAUGGAAGCUGUCAAGGAGGCACAAGAAAUGCUGGAGAAUGCUUCGAGUAAUCCCUCAAAGGGCAUUAUAAUCCAAAAGGAGGAAAUAAGACCCACACAGAAUGGCCCUGGGGAGGCCUUCUUUGUCAACGUUGAGUACCAUCCAUUCCUCUUCCAGCAAUUCAGUGAUCGCCCCUUCCGGGAGUUUGAUUCUUUCGAUGCAGCUGUGGAUGAAUUCCAUUCCACCAUGGAAGGGCAGAAGAUUGACGUGAAGGCUAUGCAGCAGGAACGAGAGGCCCUGAAGAAACUAUCAAACGUCCGGGAGGAUCAUGCCAAGAGAAUUGAAGAGCUGACAAAGACUCAACUUGUGGACAGAGAUAAGGCUGAACUCAUAACACGCAAUCAGGAGCUUGUGGACAAGGCAAUCUUUGCCAUUCAAUCCGCUCUUGCGAAUCAGAUGUCAUGGCCUGAUAUUCAAGAACUCGUGAAGGUAGCUCAGAAUAAUCAAGAUCCCGUAGCGCUUACGAUCAAGAAGCUAAAGCUUGAAGUCAACAGUAUCUCCCUCCAACUCUCCGAUCCCUACUCAAACGCCGACGAGGAUGCUUCAGAUGAUGAUGAACACGAGGAAGGAAGAGAUAAACUCGAAACAAUGGUUGUGGAUGUUGAUCUCUCACUUUCUGCCUUUGCAAAUGCUCGAAAUUACUACGAUCAGAAGCGUAGUGCCGCGAAGAAAGAGCAGAAGACGCUCGAUGCGUCCGGGAAGGCUCUCAAAUCGGCGGAAAGACGAACCCAGCAGACCCUAAAGGAUGUCAAGACACUCACAAAUAUUUCCAAAGCAAGGAAAGUGUACUGGUUUGAGAAAUUCUACUGGUUUAUCAGCUCUGAAAAUUACCUCGUGAUCGGUGGACGUGAUCAGCAGCAGAACGAGAUGAUUGUGAAGCGCUACAUGCGCCCAACGGACAUCUACGUGCACGCUGAGAUUCAGGGAGCUUCGAGUGUUGUAAUACGCAAUCCCGGAGGUGGAGAAGUCCCCCCGAAGACUCUCCUUGAAGCCGGGACAAUGGCUAUCUCGUACAGCGUUGCGUGGGAUGCAAAAGUCGUCACAAAUGCGUACUGGGUGCGUAGUGAUCAGGUCAGCAAGACUGCACCAACGGGAGAAUAUUUGGGCACAGGAAGCUUCAUGAUACGCGGCAAGAAGAACUUCCUUCCCCCAUGUCAGCUUGUUCUCGGUCUAAGCUUCCUCUUCCGCCUGGAAGAUAGUUCCGUUGAGAGGCACAAAGGGGAGCGUCGUGUCCGGCAAUUUGGUGAUGAUGAUGAUUCCCUCAGCCGGCAAACUUCUAUUGAAACAGAACGCCUUUCCAGCAUCUCGGAAGACGUUGAGAUUGAUCUGGACAAGGAAGAUGAUGAGAAGGACGAGGAGAAGGAAGAAGGGAAUGACGAAGGGAAUGAUUCAGCGUCAGAUUCAGACGAAGAAGGCGGUGUAAAGUAUCCGGAUACUCAUGUAAAGAUUGAGCACGACACAGGAAGAGUAACCCUGAAAUCGGACGCAAUAAUGGAGCGUCUGCAAUCAAUUGAAGAGGAACCAGACACCGUGGACAAUGCUAUUUAUCUCGGAGACGAUAAGCCUUACAUAAUCCCUGCUCUCCCGCGGCCACCAAAGAAGAAGCAGCAGCAGAAGAAGAAAAUGCUGAAAGAGCCGGUAAUUGAGGAGAAGGAUGAAGAGAAGUCCGAUGAAGAAGGGCAGGAGAACAAGCAAGGUGGGAAUCAGGUGAAACGCCGGCAGAAGGGGAAACUAAAGAAGAUGAAGCAGAAGUAUAAGGAUCAGGAUGAAGAUGAGCGAAAGCAGAAGAUGGAGAUUCUCAAAUCCGACGGGAAGAGUGCGAAGGAGAAGAAGAAGAAGGCUCAAGAGGAGGAAAUUAAGAAGAUUAAUCGACGUAAUGUUGCCGCCAGGAAGCCCCGAGAGCCCGUGGAAGGGGAAGAAGUUGAUGAAACCCCAGCUGCAGCAGAUGUGGACAUGCUGGACUUCCUCACAGGGUCUCCCGUUGAGGAAGAUGAACUCCUCUUUGCUGUCCCAGUGAUUGCACCCUAUCAAGCACUACAUAACUACAAAUUCAAGGUGAAACUAACUCCAGGCACGGGGAGACGCGGAAAGGCAUCAAAGAUGGCUGUUCUGAUCUUCCAGAAGGAUAAAACGUGCACCGGCCGUGAGAAGGAUCUCCUCAAGAGCGUCAAGGAUGAAAUGAUAGCUCGCAAUAUCCCAGGGAAAGUUAAACUAUCAGCGCCACAGCUGCAGAAAUUCAAAAAAUAAGCGUCACGCCAAUAUGAAUUUAACUUCCGCAAAACUCCCUCAAUUACGAUGAAAUAUUAAAGAAAAAAAAACUAUUUGAUGAAA